AUGUCGACAUCAUUACGCAUUACCAAGACCGUGGCGAUCUCAUCCCUUGGACUUUACGCCGGUUUAUUAACCUCGAGUUCCUUAGUGUCUACGUUAACCCCCUUGCAAACUGUGAGUUCGCAAAUCAGACACUUAGCCUGUGUCAUUGGAGUAUACGGCUCCGCACUAGCGGGCUUGACCACCGCUGCAUUCGGGCUGACCUACUCCUUAAGUGCAGACAGUUCCAGACUGGCGCAGUUAGUCUACGGUCUUGUGGGCGGGCCCAUCACGUAUGGAUAUUUAUAUAUUUGUUCUAUGAAGGGUAGAGGAGGACGCGGAUCAUCGCUGGUGGUGGAGAAGGAGGAGGGAUCGCGGACCCCGGAAUCUUCUCAUUCAGACAAGAUGAGUUCUCCGGAAUUGGUGGGUUCUUCAGAAGAAAGCAGUGGCACACCCAAAGUUCCCUUCCAUCAUCCUCCCAUUGGGCCCAACUCUACUGGCGAAUGUCCCUUUGGCCACAAGGCGAAGAGGGGAAAGAGAGCUGAGGCAGCUGCGGCAGCUGCGGCAUCGCACAUUCUCAUUAAUUGGAGUUUGUGGCUAAGUACUGGAGUGACGGUGAGCUGCCUUGUGAAGACGAUCUAUGCUUCUCAACGGGGAUAG